AUGAUAAGGGGGUUUUUAAUUCUUUUUCUUUUUUAUUUUUAUCUUUCUAUUUCUAGUAGUACUAAUAUUUUAAUUUUACUUAUUUUAGUUGAGUUUAUAAUUUUGUUUUGUUUUAUGCAUAUGGUUUUUUUAAGGUUUUCUUAUAUUGUGGGCUUAUUUUUUAUUUUAAUUGGGGUUUGCAUGGGGGCUUAUUCUAUUUGUGUAUUUAUUUUUCUUUAUCGUUCUAAAUCUUCUUCUUAUAUUUUAUCAAGUAGGUUAGAGCUUUUGUAUUAA